AUGGCACACGCAUCGAUACCGCCAUCGAAACGGCAGCGGGUAGGAUACGAGGAUUCCGCAUCGCCACCUCCGCCUCCACCAGCUGAGGAAGAUGGGGAGCAUACGAAUGGAUUUCCUGCACCCCCCCGCUCACCGCCACCACCGCCGCCGCCAGAGCUCCCUCUAGAUGUGGCCGAGAAUGCCGACAUCGUGCCACCACCACCGCCAUCUCCUCCUCCGCCUCCCCCUCCUCCCGCUGCCGGGGAAGAGGACGAAGACGCCGAAGACGAUCUCGAUAUCCAGGAUGCCGAGUACUGGACGCGGCUUGCGCAGUCGUCCUCUGCCUCUGGCCCAUCGAGUACGGCAGCGUCUUCUUCAAAAGAGCCAGCUGCAGCAGCGAGCGGAACGAGCUUAGCCAAGAAUAGCAAGUCGGCGCUUUACCUCGACACGAUCAACCGCGCGGUCCUCGACUUUGACUUUGAGAAGCUCUGCUCGGUGUCGCUGAGCAACAUCAACGUGUACGCAUGCCUGGUGUGCGGCAAGUACUUUCAAGGGCGCGGGCGAAACUCGUAUGCGUAUCUGCACAGCAUCGACACGUCGCACCACGUCUUUAUGAAUCUCGCAACGUCGCAGACGUACAUUCUGCCGGACAACUAUGCGGUGCCGGAGGAGAGCCAGGCUGCGCUGCAGGAUAUCAAGUAUCUGCUCAACCCGACGUUCGACACAAGGACACUCGCAACGUUGGACGAAAAGGAGGCGUACGAUCUCAACGGCACGGCGUACUCGCCCGGCUUUGUGGGACUCAACAAUGUGGGCAAGAACGACUACGUGAAUGUGGUGGUGCAGGCGCUCGUGCAUGUGCGCCCGCUCCGAGACUUCUUCCUUCGGCAGCACGAGGCGCAGGCAGGCACGAGCGAGCUCGUGGCAAGGUUCGGGGCGCUCGUGCGCAAGACCUGGAACCCGCGCGCGUUCAAGCCACAGGUGUCGCCGCACGAGUUCCUGCAGCAGGUGGCCCAGGUCUCGCACAAUCGCUUCAAGAUCACCGAGCAGGCGGAUCCGGUCGAGUUUCUCGGUUGGCUGCUCAACCGACUCCAUGCCGACCUCGCCUCGCCAGGUGGCAAGGGCGCGAAGCGCAAGCGCACGGCGGUGGGCGUCGAGACGAUCAUCAGCCGGUGCUUCCAGGGUGUGGUGCAGGUCGAAUCGCAGCCGCUGGAGAAGGUGGAAAAGCACGAAGAUGACGCUGCCGUGGCUGCACAGGCGGAAAGUCUCGCCAAUGGGGCUGGUCCGACGGGAGGACAGGUGGACGGUAAUGGACGUGCGUGCUUUGAUCCUGCUGGCAAGGUCGAGCGCAAGGACUCGCCGUUCUUUCUGCUGUCCAUGGAUCUUCCCACGCCUCCACCCGUGCUGGGCACGGACGGGGACGACGAGAGCGCAUCGCUCGUGCCGCAGGUCACGAUUGGACAGCUGCUGGCCAAAUACGACGGCACGAGUCUGCACGCCUCGCACGCGCGGCUUUCCAAGUACCAGCUGCGUCGCUUGCCGCCCUUCCUCGUGCUCCACUUCCGACGCUUCACCAAGAACAGCCUUGGCCAGACGGAGCGCAAUCCGACGCUGGUCAAUUUCCCCACCACCAACCUCGACGUGUCCCGCUAUGCUCCGCUGCUGCCUGCGGCCGAUGCGAUGGAUACAGACUCGCCCAUCGCCAAUGCAUACGACCUCGUGGCCAAUGUCGUCUACGACGCAACCCCAGGCACCGUCAACGAAAACGCCGCAUGGAAAUCCCACGUUCACACAUCCCCCGCCAACCGCAAGCAAAAUGCACCAAAGUGGUUCGCUAUCCACGACCUCAUCGUCGACCCUAUCGAUCCACACAUGAUCUUCCUCGCCGAAUCCCACCUGCAAAUCUGGCAGAAGCGCUCAUCGAGCCCGCCUUAG